CGCUGUCAUGCUCUUCGUGUUUUUGGCGCUGUAGACAGACCUCACGUUGAAGGCUAAAGUCAAGGGGUCUGCUCACAGGGAGUUAACGACUAAGCCACUAGUUAAUCUUCUCCCGCAGUGCAGAAAAAUAAUAAAGCAAAAGUAAUAAAGUUGGAGACCGAACACCGGUCUUCAAAGCCGCAGAGUAGCACAGUGUGAAGACAGGGGGACUCCAAGGAAACGCGUUGUCUGCUGCUAUGGACCUUACAAAGUUUUCCAAGAAGCUGUGGUGUGUGCGCCAACAGCUCAUUCUGAUUCUUGCUCCGCUUCUGUUGCUUCCUCUGCUCUUCGUUGUGCCGCCAAAGGAGGGGAAAUGUCUGUAUGUGGUGCUGCUGAUGGCAGUGUAUUGGUGUACUGAGGCUCUCCCUUUGGCCGUAACUGCCAUGCUUCCCGUCUGCCUCUUUCCCACAAUGGGAAUCCUGUCUUCUAAGAAGGUCUGUCCGCAGUACUUUCUUGAGACUAACUUCCUGUUCCUCAGCGGCUUAGUGAUGGCAUCCGCUAUAGAGGAAUGGGGCCUUCAUCGGCGUAUUGCCCUCAAGGUCUUGAAGAUUGUGGGAGUGAAACCUGCCUGGCUGAUUUUGGGGAUGAUGAUAACUUCCUCUUUCCUGUCAAUGUGGUUGAGCAAUACAGCCACAACAGCCAUGAUGCUGCCCAUUGCUAACGCCAUACUGGAAAGUCUGUUCGGGAAUCUUGAAACUUUAAAAGAGAAAUGCAAAGUCAAGAGAGACUUAGAAGGUGAAGAUUCUCAGGUGAAGAUGUAUGUGCUGCCCUCUGAGAAACAGAUACUGACCACGGGGGACAGGCCUGAUGUGACGGACAGGUCAGAUCAACAAAAUCUGGAAGAGGUCAGAAGAGAGGCAGAAUAUCAGAUAAAAGUGUGGAAAGGAUUUCUUAUCUCUAUACCUUAUGCUGCAAGCAUUGGAGGAACAGCCACCCUCACAGGCACUGCUCCGAACCUGAUCCUGGUGGGACAGCUAAAGAGCUCCUUCCCUGAAUGCGACCUCAUAAACUUCGGCUCAUGGUUUGUCUUCGCCUUCCCCCUCAUGUUCCUUUUCCUCAUUCUGGGUUGGAUCUGGAUCUCUUUCCUCUACGGGGGGCUCAAUACAAGGCUGUGUGUUAAUAAACAUGACGAACGUGAGGCCGCAGAAGCAAAAGCCAAAGCAGUUAUCGAUGAGGACUACAAAAAACUGGGCCCAAUAAAGUUUGCAGAAGGAUCCAUCGCUUUCUUUUUCAUUCUUUUUGCCGUUCUACUGUUUACCCGAGAUCCAAAAUUUGUAACAGGAUGGUCGGUUUUCUUCAACAAAGGCUAUGUAUCUGAUGCUGUUACUGGAGUAAUAAUCAUCUCCAUCCUCUUCUUCUUUCCAUCUCAGCGUCCAUCUCUCCGUUGGUGGUUCGAUCCGAGAGCCUCAAACACCGCGUAUGUGCCUCUGUUGUCAUGGAGAAAAGCUCAGGAGUGUGUACCGUGGAAUAUUAUUUUGCUGCUGGGUGGCGGCUUUGCAAUGGCCAAAGGCUGCGAGGAGUCAGGGUUAGCGUUGUGGAUAGGAAGCUAUUUGCAGCCUCUCGCGCAAGUCCCUCCUCCAGUCGCUGUCAUUCUCAUCACGGCCUUCAUCGCCUGCUUCACUGAGAUUGCCAGUAACACGGCCACCAUCAUCAUCUUCCUUCCUGUCAUUGCUGAGCUGGCCAUCCGUGUGAAAGUCAAUCCACUGUACUUCAUGAUUCCAGCAACGACGGGAUGCUCAUAUGCUUUUAUGCUUCCUGUUUCCACACCACCCAACUCAAUCGCGUUUGCCUCGGGACAUCUGCUGGUUAGAGAUAUGGUGAAAACUGGAUUUGUGAUGAACAUUCUGGGAAUUAUGUGUGUGGCUCUGGCAAUUAACACAUGGGGUCUUCAGAUGUUUAGUUUAAACACGUAUCCUGAUUGGGCGAGACCUUUAAACCCUACGUCAGCAGCAGUGCCUACACAUACCAUAUUAGCUAUGAAUAUGACAGGCUAGAGAACCCCCCCC